GCUUGCUUUCAAGUUCCCUAUAGAUCAGGAAAUCAAAUUAAGUUUGCCGCUUCUAUAAGGAGCUGCGUUUGCAAGGGCAAAGAAAUCUUAACACACGGGUGCCCAAACUACCUACAAUAUGUCGGGCAGGAAAGAAACAGUAUUGGAUUUGGCUAAGUUUGUAGACAAAGGUGUUCAGGUCAAACUCACCGGUGGUAGACAAGUCACAGGGACCCUAAAAGGAUAUGACCAGCUACUAAAUCUUGUCCUGGACGAAGCUGUAGAGUUUCUUCGAGACCAGGAUGAUCCAUUGAAGACUACUGAUCAGACUAGGCGUCUUGGCUUGAUAGUUUGUAGGGGCACAGCGGUUAUGUUGGUCUCACCAACCGAUGGCACAGAUGAGAUUGCCAAUCCUUUCAUCCAGCCAGAUGGAGCCUGAUCUGAUCCGGCUUCAAAUUGAGCGUAUGGCAUUCCUUUGCUGUUUACUCUCAUUUUCAAACAUUUUCAAGUCAGACUUCCUGUAUGCAUGUUUUUAUCUCUUGAAAGCUAUCUAAACCAAACCUCCAAACCUUUGAUAUUAUUCGAAGUCGAAGCACCAUAAUCUCUAGUAUAGUACUAGGGUGUUUUCGUUCUUUGCAUUUAGUUCGAUUGACGUCGUUUAAGAGAAUCAUUGUAGACACCGACGACGAAAAACGUUAUAAUGAAUGUCUGGCUUUUGGCAA